AUGUCUGCACGUGCUCUGCUUAAGCAGUUUAAGCUUAACAAGCUUACCACUCGCUGCCUUUCCACCACCCGACCUACCAAUGCAGACUUCACCCAUGCGGUAAUUGGCGCAGGCGUCGUCGGCCUCGCAACGGCACGCCAGCUCGCAGCUCGCGAAGGCACUUCAACAAUUCUACUAGAGCGACAUGACGCACCAGGGACAGAGACGAGCAGUCGCAACUCCGAGGUAAUCCACGCCGGCCUAUAUUACCCAGCCACCUCCCUCAAAACCCAGCUCUGCAUCCGCGGCCGCAACCUCCUCUACGACCUCUGCGCGCAAAACAACAUCCCCCAUCGCAACACGAAAAAAUGGAUCGUAGCGCAAACCCCCACGCAGUGGGAAGCAUGUCUGAAAAUGCACGCACACGCACAGGGACUAGGCGACGCGCCGACGCGGCUGGUGGGACGUGAAGAAGCGCAGCAGCGCGAACCAGACGUCAAGGCGGACGCAGGCAUUGUCGAGAGCGAGACGUCCGGUAUCGUGGACAGCCAUUCUCUGAUGACGUACCUACAAGGAGACUUUGAGGAGUGUGGAGGCGAUAUUGCGUUCAAGACGCGCGUGACGCGCGUGGAGGCUAUUGAUGGUGGUCGUGGUGGGUAUAAGAUUACCGCUGUCUCGGAUGAGGAUGGCUCGGUCACUUCUAUUACCGCCGAGACGCUGGUUAAUAGUGCGGGUCAUGGUGCUUGCGCUAUUAGUAACAUGCUCCUCCCGCAAGAGCGCCAUUUUGUUCCGCAUUAUGCGAAGGGCACGUACUUCUCGUAUGCGGCGUCUAGGCCCAGGACUUCUGUUUUGGUUUAUCCGGCGACUUUGCCAGGGACUGGUGGGCUUGGAACGCAUUUGACGCUUGACAUGGGUGGGCGUGUUCGUUUUGGGCCGGAUGUUGAGUGGGUGGAUAGUCCUGAUGAUUUGGUGCCGAGCGCUGCGCGUUUGGAGCAGGCGUUGCCGGAGAUCAAGGCUUAUUUGCCUGGUGUCGAUGCUGAUGCCAUUGCGUUGGAUUACUGUGGUAUUCGCCCUAAAUUGGGGAGGGGCGGUGCUGUCAAUGAGGGUAAGGGGUUCCAGGACUUUAUUAUUCGGGAGGAAGAGGGUUUGCCUGGGUUUAUCAAUUUGUUGGGGAUUGAGAGCCCGGGUUUGACGAGUUGUUUGGCGAUUGGUGAGAUGGUUAAUGGUAUCUUGUACCCCCAAAUGGCAUCCCUCCUACCAACCCUAGGCCUCCGUUCCUCCCUAAACCCGGCCCCAAACCACGGCCCUAUAUUCCUAACAUUCAACUUCAUCCUCGCUUACGGCCUACUCUCCUCACGCACGCUCAAACAAUGGUACGGCCUCGACCACCAAGUCUCGCCACGCGAAGACCUAUCCAAAUACGGCGAGACGGCUGUACGCGAAGGCAAGAUCACGCGCAAACAGCUAGACAUGCUGAAGCGCAAUGAGUCGGCGCAUGCUAACGCGGUGGAGAAUUUCCCAUUACUGGUUGCUGGCGUGCUGUUUGCCUCGUUGGCUGGUGUACCCGCGCAGAAGGUUAAUGCUGCGGCGUUGUCGUAUACUGUUGCGCGGGUUGUUUAUGGGGGUGUUUAUAUUUUUGUGGAUCAUCCUACGUGGAGUUGGGUUAGGGGGUGGGUGUGGUGGUGGGGGAACUCGAGUUGUUUUUAUAUGUUGUGGAAGGCUGGGGAGUUGUUGGGUUGA